UCCACUGGCAGGCAGGCAGUAAGGCAGGCAGGGGCGCAGCUACUCUAUCUAUAUAUUCAUACACUCUAAAGUCGAUCUCUCCAUCCAUCAUCCAAGAGCUAGCUACAGAUCUACCAAUCGAUCCAAGCAACAACAGAAUAGAAUAGAAUAGAUAUAAGAAGAAAUGGCGGGAAAGAUCAAGACGGUGGUGGUGGUGAUGCAGGAGAACCGUUCCUUCGACCACAUGCUGGGCUGGAUGAAAUCACUCAACCCGGAGAUUGACGGUGUGACGGGCGCCGAGUUCAACCGCGUCGUCGUCACCGACCCUUUGUCGAAAACCAUCAACUUCGGCAACCAGUCGGAGUACGUGGACCUGGACCCAGGACACUCGGCGGAGGCCACCUACGAGCAGGUGUACGGUGUCCCCUUCGUGGACGCUGAGACCACUCCCAUGACUCGGCCCGACGUCCCGUCGCCUCCCAUGUCCGGCUUCGCACAGCAGGCCGAGAAGGAGAAGACUGGCAUGGCGGAUACCGUGAUGAACGGGUUCAGGCCGGAGGCCGUGCCGGUGUACCGCGAGCUGGCGCGGGAGUUCGCCGUGUGCGACCGCUGGUUCUCGUCCAACCCGGCGUCCACACAGCCCAACCGGCAGUUCCUCCACUCGGCCACCUCGCACGGCCUUGUCAGCGAUGACAACCAGGACAUAUUGCCUCUUGUCUUGGUCGGCUCCCCGCAGGCCACCAUCUUUGACUCACUCUACGACGCUGGCUACUCGUUUGGGAUCUACUGCCAAACCCUGCCCACCGUGCUCUUCUAUCGGAGCCUCCGCCAGCCCAAGUAUGUGGGCAACUUCCACUCGUUCGACCUCGAGUUCCGGCGCCAUUGCCAGGAGGGCAAGCUGCCCAACUACGUGGUCCUGGAGCAGCGCUACUUCGACCUGCCGGCCCUCCCGGGCAACGACGACCACCCGUCGCACGACGUCUCCGAGGGGCAGAGGUUCGUCAAGGAGGUCUACGAGGCGCUGCGCUCGGGCCCGCAGUGGGAAGAGAUGCUCCUCGUCGUCACCUACGACGAGCACGGUGGGUUCUACGACCACGUCCCCACUCCCGUCGUCGGCGUCCCCAGCCCCGACGGCAUCGUCAGCCGCGCGCCAUACUUGUUCAACUUCGACCGGCUCGGCGUCCGCGUCCCGGCCUUCUUCAUCUCCCCCUGGAUCGACCCCGGGACGCUGGUGCACACACCGUCGGGACCUCAACCCACGUCUCAGUUCGAGCACUCCUCUAUCCCAGCCACCCUGAAGAAGCUCUUCAACCUCAACACCUUCCUCACCAAGCGCGACGCAUGGGCCGGCACUUUCGACACCGUCCUCACGCGCGACACGCCGCGCACCGACUGCCCUGUCACACUGCCGGAGCCAGUGAAGCUGCGACAGUCGACGGUCGCCACCGAACAAGCCCCCAUCACCGAUUUCCAGGCGCAGCUGGUGCAGCUCGCGGCGGUGCUCACCAAGGGCAAGGGCAAGGAUAAGCUGGUUCAAGGCAUGACGGUGGCGGACGCGGCCAAGUACUGCAACGACGCCUUCAAGGUGGUGGUCGAGAAAGGCGUCCAACAAGAGUAACUUCACUUCCAAGAUGCUACUCCUACUCUACUUGGAUGCAUGGCACUUCCAAGAAGCCGUCCGUCCAACAAGAGUAGCUUCCCUUCAAGAUGCUACUCUACUUGGAUUACCUCGCAUGCAUGUUUUCUGUUUUUGUUUGUCUUUUAUUCGGUUUUUCGUUGGCGUGCCCAGAAAUGCUACCCUUUUUUUCUUUUCUUUUUUAUAUCAAGGUUUAUGAUGUGUUUAUGUUCUGGACACUUUCAUUAUAUAUGUUCAGUUGUAAUUUGAUGUCA